AUGGCGGACUUCUCCGUCAUCCGCCGCUGUGUUUCCCGGUCGUCGCCAUUGUUCGCCGUAUUCCGAUUAAAAGAAUCCCGAACUUCAAAUUCGUUUCAGCUACGAUGUCCAUACGGUAGUAGCGCAGCUGUCGAAGAAGAAGAAGAAGAUUUCGGCAGUUACAAAAUCGAUAAAAAGGAAAACAAAUGGUUCACCCUGCCUCCGUUCACUCCCACCGUCGACGGCGCCGUUCUAGGUAAAGCUAUUUCCCGAAGCCAUAUGAGUGGCAGAGAGAAAGGCCCUUCAGCCGUAUCCACUGUAACGGCGCUCAAAUGGGUUAUCCGAUGCUGCCCUGAACUGCCAAGAUCCCUCGUGCAGAAACUCUUCCGCUUGAGAAGGGUACGGAGAGAUUCCCGUAAUGGUGAAGUUCAAGAACGUCAACUCAAAAGGGUAUCGGCUAAAGAUAUGUUGAAUUCCGGAGACACAUUAUAUUUACCUGUGACAGUUGGAAAGAAUGUUCCUUCAGCAAAAGCUGAUGACACUUGUGAUGAAGAAGAAAUGAAGUUUCUUCGUAACCUUAUACUUUACAAGGAUCAAUCUAUCAUUGUUGUGAAUAAGCCGCAUGGAAUGCCUGUACAGGGUGGCAUUGGCAUCAAUAGGGGUUUGGAUGAACUGGCUGCCAAGUAUUUGAGGUUCAAUAAUUCAGAAUCUCCUCGCUUGGUGCAUAGGCUUGAUAGAGACUGUAGUGGCAUAUUGGUGAUGGGAAGAUCAAAGUUGAGUACUGCAGCUCUUCAUUCUAUCUUUCGCGAGAAAACACUCGAGGCAGCUGAACAUGAUCCCGACUGCAGAAGUCAAAUCAUCCAAAAGACAUAUUGGGCACUUGUUGUCGGAUCUCCUAGAUAUCCCAAAGGACUGAUCUCAAAGCCAUUGGGUAAGGUUUUGAUAGACAAUGGUAGAUCUGAUCGAAUAACAGUGUUUGAGAAUAUUCAAUCGUCAUCAGCACAGAAUGCUGUGACAGAAUACAAAGUGAUUGGAUCUUCUUGCCAUGGCUUCACCUGGGUAGAAUUAUCGCCUCUUACCGGAAGAAAGCACCAGCUACGCGUUCACUGCGCUGAGGUAUUGGGAACACCAAUAGUUGGGGACUACAAGUAUGGGUGGCAAGCGCACAAGAACCUCAAACAUCUUUCUUCUUCAACUCUCAUUAAAGAACUCUAUAGGGAGCUGCCGAAGGAAAAGUUAGAUCCCUUUGGCCUUGAUUUCAGAGAUGGAAGCAUUUCAGAUAAGCAACCCCGUCUUCACCUUCACUGUAAGGAAAUGAUUUUACCUGAUAUCUCUCCUGUUAUGCAACGCGUGGAAUCGUCGAUCACAGAUUCUGAUCUGAAAGAACUAAGAAGCAUUAAAUUGAAAGCUCCUUUACCAUUACAUAUGCAAAUGAGUUGGGACUUAAUGAACUCCGACUUCCAGUUUUAG